CUGUCACAUAAAUAGCCUACGUCCGUAGCCUCCACUCCACAGGGGAGUUGGUCAUCUCGUGCUGUGUUGUGUUUGGUGCGGUGACUGCCUACGCUUGAGCAAUGUCUGGCGACAAGCAAAACGUGCUUUCCAUCUCCAUGCUUGACAUCGGUGCCCUUGCACAGCUGAAACAGCAUAUUGAGCAGGAACUCGAUUUCUUCAGUACCUCGUUGCAGCAGCUCAGAGCUGCGCAAACGAAGUUCGAAGAGUCAGAAGAAUGCCUGGAUAUGCUGAAACCCUCGUGCGAAGGAAAAGAAAUCCUUGUGCCUUUGACAAGCUCCAUGUAUGUACCUGGUAGGCUUGUGGAUGUCAACAAAGUCACUGUUGAGAUUGGAACUGGCUACUUAGUGGAAAAGGACAUCAGUGAAUCCAAGGAUUACUUUAAGCGGCGGAUCGCGUACAUCACACACCAAAUGGAGAAAGUACAGAAAGGUGCUCAAGAGAAGGUAGCACUUCGAGAAGCCAUUGUUGAAACCAUGGACAAGAAGAUCCAGGAAACUUUUGCUGCUCAAGCUGCAUCCAAAAGUUGAGACACGCUGUCACAAUACUUGCACUAUUUAUGCUAAUAUAGUGAUCCCUCUACAGAUCAAAAUAAAAGCCUAAGAAAUUUUCUGAAUGAA